GUUCUAUUGCUCGGCAUAUUUGUCUCCAGCUGAUGAUUCGUACGACGCUACGGACCGGCAUAAUGGCGUCCUAUCGCUCCUACAUAACUUCUCCGUUCUCAGAUGCAGUUGUCGAGUGCAUGCGGAGACUAUAUCCUGAGAGCCUCGCAGAUAAAAGUUUUGAUAACACGGGGUUAUUACUUGAAGCGCCCUGGAAUAGGAAGAGACAGCUGAAGAACUCUGCAUUAUUAACAAUCGACCUAACGCAGGCGGUUGCCGCCGAGGCUAUCGAGCGUGGGGAUUCGAUCAUCAUUGCAUAUCACCCUAUAAUAUUUCGUGGAUUGAAAUCUCUAACUUCCAAUAACACGCAACAGCAAACCCUGCUUCGACUUGCGGCGGAAGGCAUAAGUGUUUACUCUCCGCAUACCGCCGUCGAUGCUGUCCCUGGUGGUAUGGCAGAUUGGCUCUGCGACAUCGUAACUCGUUCCGUGCAUGAGAACCCACAAGUCCCUAUCAAGAGCAAACAGGCAACAGACGACAGCACAGGGCCAUCGUCGAUAUCAGGUAUAUCCCAGCCUCCACCACUCCCUCCUCGGACGGCUUCGCGAGGUGCCUUGCCGCAUAUAGUUGUUCCUGGAUCUCACACUUCUUUGUCGAAUGUAGCCUCUGAUGCCGUAAUUCCCCAUUCUCGUUCAACCAUCCUCCAAAAUCCCUUGCCGCCGCCCGGGUUUGAAGGUGCCGGCGCGGGCCGUCUUGUAUCCUUCUCCACUCCUCAGCCCUUAACAUCAAUCAUUAAACGCAUCGGCACCACACUCGGUCUUCCACGUGGCCUACCUCAUUUUCCUCUUGCUAUACCCCAAGACUCAAACGUUGCCGACAUGGAAAUCAGUACUGUGGCCACCUGUCCGGGCUCUGGCUCAUCGAUACUGAUGAAGGACGGCAAACCCGUCGCGGACCUGCUGUUAACUGGAGAAAUGAGCCACCAUGACGCAUUGGCUGCGAUCGAGAAUGGAUCAGUGGUGAUAGCUCUCUUUCAUUCUAAUUCUGAACGGGGCUAUUUGCAUGAUGUUAUGCGAGGCAAGCUCGAAGAAGCGCUGAGGUUGGAAUGGGGUCAAAUGAUUGAAGAUUUGGCUGACCUGCCUGAGACGGCGAGCAGUGGAAUGGCCAAUACGCUGAACGAUCCGAGUGUGGAGGUAAAAGUGAGUGAGUGCGAUAAGGAUCCGUAUUCGAUCGUGGCGUGGCCGGAAAACCUUUAGGAUUGAGGGGUUGGUGAAAGUUAAGGGUUGUAUAUUCAUGCCAGAUCUGACUUUCACAAGCACAUGUAUAUUGGUGAUUUCUAGGACUCAUAGUCAAGGGUAUAAGAGCCGAGAAGCCAAGGAUCCUGCGAUUUCCGUCAAGAUUAUGAAGAUUCACAUUGUACUAUGCAUAGAAAAGCCAGACAUUCCACAACGUGGAGCGCUGUUGAACCAGAUAUCCAAUAUUGGAUCGACUAUACUACUCAACUCAACAGCACCCUGAUUUCCCCCGUCGUCCUUGGGAACAGAACGCGCAAACUCCAGGCGCCAACCUGGCCACUAGUCUCACCUAGAGCAGCAAUCUCAUCCAUUUCCUUCCCUGCCGCUGAGCUGCUAACCGUUCCCGCAACGCUCAUUUUCUCUCUCGCCUCAUCCGCGCCCACAAUCAUGCUUUCCACCAACUCAAAAUCACAGCAAAAUGCUUCAACGGCUUCCUCAGUAGCAUUUUUCACCAAGCCGGGACUGUGGAUACGUUUCAAGUUAUCCGUCGCAUCGACGAGUGCCGAAGGAAGGAAAUCGUCCAGCUGUUGGCUGAUUGUAGACAAGGAUUCGGGUUGAAAUUCUGGCAGAGAUGCAAUAUCAGCGAGGUUGCGUGAUAGUCCGUUACCCGUGGAUGAUUCAGAGGUGCUCUUUGGCAUGAAUGGCUCAAGGGCUGCGGUAAGGGUUUGUAGGCCGGUUUCCCUAAGGAGGAAAUCGUGUUGAAUGUCGAGAAGGUUGGUUUUGAGAGACGUUAAGGUUGAUGAUAAUCGAGGUAGAUGCGUGGCGCACGCAAAUGGAAAGGGAGAUAUGGCAUCGCGAAUGACAAGAAUGGAGUUGGUUUGGUAUAUUGUUCUCGAAGUGAAAUUGGAAAGUGCAGUGGAUGAUUUUUCCGCGAGAUCCAGGAAGGGAUCCAGAGUAGCUCGAAUGAUUGGGCUGAAUUUGUUCUCGUUCUGCGAU